GACUAAUGAGUAUGGAACUGCGCGUGCUAAUAUAUGCCCCUAUGCUGUUACACCGUUAUAUAUAUGUGCAAACACAGCCCCAUGAAACCAAAUCAAACCAAACCACUUCCAAAUUCUCAAGCUGUUAGAGAGAGAGAGAGAGAGAGAGAGAGAUAUUAAGAGAAAGAUGGAGAAGGAAAUGAAGCAAUCAAAAUUCAAGAGGAUUUGUGUGUUCUGUGGAAGUAGUCCAGGAAAGAAAAGCAGUUAUAAGGAAGCUGCCAUUGAGCUGGGAGAAGAAUUGGUUUCAAAGAAUAUUGAUUUAGUAUAUGGAGGAGGGAGUGUUGGACUGAUGGGGCUGAUUUCCCAAGCUGUUUAUGAUGGUGGUAGACAUGUCAUUGGAGUUAUUCCCAAGACACUCAUGCCUAGAGAGAUAACUGGAGAAACUGUGGGGGAAGUGAAAGCAGUAGCAGACAUGCACCAAAGGAAGGCAGAGAUGGCAAAGCACUCCGAUGCCUUUAUUGCCUUACCCGGUGGCUAUGGAACUCUUGAAGAGCUUCUUGAAGUGAUAACAUGGGCUCAACUGGGCAUUCAUGAUAAACCGGUAGGUUUGCUGAAUGUGGAUGGGUACUACAACUCCUUGCUGUCAUUUAUUGAUAAGGCAGUAGAGGAAGGUUUCAUUAGUCCAACAGCCCGCCACAUAAUUGUUUCUGCUCCUACUGCCAAGGAGUUAGUGAAGAAAAUGGAGGAAUAUUUUCCACGCCAUGAAAGAGUUGCUUCAAAGCUAAGCUGGGAAAUUGAGCAGUUAGGCUAUCCCACAAUUUGUGACAUAUCAAGGUGAGCAUAAUAUAAAGGACAUGGCAGAGAGAGGAUGGCUCAGCUCUUCAGUGCUGAAGGGCAUUAAUUUUAGAUUUUAGAUGACUGAAACUUUCCUGAUCUGGGAAUUCCAUUUUUCUGUAUUUCCUUUCUGUCAGUUUAAAACUGAAAGGAAAAAAAAAAAAAUUAAUUGACCUCAACAAGUUAUGUAACUUGAUUAAUUACUGUCUUCAGUUUGAGAUUUGGUUUUUAGUUAUAAUGCUCAAUUGUGCUCAAAUAAUUGUAAAAAUAUUGUAAGGCUCUUUUCGUUAGUUUUACUAGCGAUCGAUGCCCGCGCGUUGCUGCGGGUUUUAAAAUCAUAU